CUAGAUCUUCAGUCGUCAACAGAAAUGAAUAUUCAUUUUUUCUUCCAAACCGUAAGAAUUUAUCUGAGUCUGAUGAAAAAAGGUUGUAAAAAUACAAGGGUUGAAUCGUCAUGGUUGAGAUGGAGUACAGCAUCCUUCAAGUCUUGAUGGCAAGGAUCGAUCAUUUAUUUCGAUUUCCGCUUUCUCAAAGACCACGUUCUGAACGCUUUUACAAAGCUUUAGGAGUAAAAGCCGCUAUCACGCUUAAAACUGACGGUACGUUAGAUAAUACAWAUGUAUUAAGACUCGAACUUGGAAACUGUAUCAGGCGAUAUCUCGUCCAAUCUUGACCUUAUAAAUAUGCACCAAUCAAGAAUAAGCAAUCCUAGCCGUCCAAGGCACGAUGGUGCCGUUUGUGAUUCGUGUUUUUUCCGUUGGCAUGAUGGGUUAACUUAACUCUUAUCUCUUAUUCUCUCGCCUAAAGCGUCCGAGAUACAAAAAGUUAAACAUCUCGACGAAGGCUUUAAAAGACGCCGGGGCUCCUUGAAGGGACAUUUCAGUUCUCCAUUCAUUGGAUACAGGCGUGAGCUAAAACUAACUGUUUAACAAAACUGAGAGUUUUCAGUGCGUGGAUAUCAAACUCUGUCAUUUUGUUUCCUAGUCCUACUGGAUCAAACAAAUUAUAACUGAGAAAUAUCUGAGAGAUUAGUCAGUGUUUCAGCAAGAAAGCCAGCAUCAUGCGUAUGGCCUGUUCAGUACCUUAUCCCAAUGAGAAUCCAUACUCGGCAUCCUACCAACAGCAAGGACAUGAACCUUCCAUGACGAUGAGUAUGUAUGGUCCACAGCCAAGUACUCUACCAACAGCAGUCUCCCACUGCGGUAAAAUGGAGCCUAGGUUGAUGAACGUUAAUGUCAGCUCUACGUUCCAUGGCUUGAAUGGCGUGAACUCUAUUGCGCCUAUGUUGACCCACGAUCAGAGGGGACCCCCGCCUCCCUUACCAUUGGACUUUGGUGUGGACCCCUCGAAGCUUCGAGAACUUGAAGCAUUCGCGACUCAGUUUAAGCUGAGAAGAAUAAAACUUGGUUACACACAGACGAACGUUGGUGCUGCUCUUGCUGCAGUUCACGGGACUGACUUUAGCCAAACUACCAUCUGUCGUUUCGAAAAUCUGCAGCUAAGUUUCAAGAACGCUUGCAAGUUGAAGCCCAUUUUGGAGAGAUGGUUGGACGAAGCUGAACGAAGUGGAGGAGCUUGUGGAGAAAAGUUUGGCUCGGAGAGAAGACGAAAAAGAAGGACGACGAUAGGUCUGGCUGCUAAAGAGGCAUUGGAAAACCACUUUAUGAAACAAACUAAACCCUCUUCACCCGAAAUUGUAAGGAUCGCGGAUGGGUUACGUCUUGAUAAAGAAGUCGUACGGGUUUGGUUCUGUAACCGAAGACAGCGAGAAAAAAGAGUCAAGACGUCGUUAAAUCUACACAACUUCCUGGGGUAUAAGUCUGAAUGUUAAACUCGUAAAUAUGGAAUGGCAUGAAAAGACACUUUUUAACUCCUUCUCUUCUAAGCGGAUGUGAAGUCUGAAUGUUGAACUCGUAAAUAGUUUAAAGUCAUGCAAAAACACUUUUUAACUCUUGCUCACUUCUAAGCGAUCGAAUAAGAUACAUAUGCAUGUAUAUACAUAAGAAAACCGUAUAUUCGUAUGUGACAUUGAUUUUCACUGCCUCGUAUAUAUAGCUCCAGAGGAUUGUUUCAGUUGUGUUGGAAAUAACUUUCAAGUAGCUCUUUGAGCAUAUAAAGACAGUGUACUUCACUGAAGCAAUGUUAGAGGAAUUUUAGUUUUUUUUUAGGAUUUCAUUACAGCUAGAGAUAGUCAACGCUCAAAAUCUUGCUUAAACAAUUAAGCAGUAUUGAAUAAAUAUCGAUAAGGUAUUAAUAAACUAGCAAAUUAGAAGUUAUUACACAAUGGCAGGUUGUCUGUAAGAGAUUUUUGUAGAAGAAUGUAUACGGUAGUAUGAAUUUAACGCACUAGAUAUAACGGGAAAUAGUUCUAGAAAAUUAGAGGAUUAAGAUUGACUUAUGCGCGAAAUAUUGACGAUUCAUUUAAUGUACAAUAAUCUGUAAUUAUAAAGGAACUUUUGUUUCUGCAAACGUAACAAUAAUAAAACAAG